AUGGCCGCACGUCCGCCCUAUUCGUAUCCUCACCCCAUUUCCUCUCCUCCCCAUCCAGCGCAUGCAGCGUACGACAACGCAGAGGAGUAUUUCCAAUGUGCAGCGCCAUCCCUCACCUCCCCAUCCCUCCCCUCCCCAUCCCUCCCUUCCCCAUCCCUCCCCUCCCCAUCCCUCCCCUCCCCAUCCCUCCCCUCCCCAUCCCUCCCCUCCCCAUCCCUCACCUCCCCAUCCCUGCUGCUGUCUCUGGAAGGGUCAGACGCGGGGCAAAAGAGUGUUGGCGUGCGACCCGCAACACCGCUGUCACUGGCUUAUCGUCAAGCUGAGUCGGGGGCGCCGCGACAUCUUGAGAGCCACCAUCUCCGCCUCACCCCAUACCGCCUCAUCCCCUUCCGCCUCAUCCCAUUCCGCCUCAUCCCAUACCGCCUCCCCCAUUCCGCCUCACCCCAUACCGCCUCACCCCAUACCGCCUCACCCCAUACCGCCUCACCCCAUACCGCCUCACCCGUUCCGCCUCACCCCAUUCUACCUCACCCCAUCCCCGCCUCCCCAUCCCUACCCUCCCCAUCCCUCAACUCCCCAUCCCCGCCUCCCCAUCUCUUCCCUCCCCAUCACUCUCCUCCCCAUCCCGCACCUCCCCAUCCUUCAGCUCCCCAUUCCGCAUCUCCCCAUCCCAACCUCCCCAUCCCGCAUCUCCCCAUCCCUCACCUCCCCAUCUCUUCCCUCACCUCCCCAUCCCUCACCUCCCAGUCUCUCAUCUUACCGUCCCUCUUCUCCCCAUCCCUCAUCUCCCCAUCCCUCACCUCCCCAUCCCUCUCCUCCCAGUCUCUCAUCUCCCCAUCCCUCUUCUCCCCAUCCCUCAUCUCCCCAUCCCUCAUCCCCCCAUCCCUCACCUCCCCAUCCCUCACCUCCCCAUCCCUCAUCUCCCCGUCCCUCCACACCCCAUCUCCUCCACACCCCAUCUCCUCCUCACCCCAUCUCUUCCACACCCCAUCUCCUCCUCACCCCAUCUCCUCCACACCCCAUCUCCUCCACACCCCAUCUCCUCCACACCCCAUCUCCUCCACACCCCAUCUCCUCCUCACCCCAUCUCCUCACACCCCAUCUCCUCCUCACCCCAUCUCCUCCUCACCCCAUCUCCUCCACACCCCAUCUCCUCCUCACCCCAUCUCCUCCUCACCCCUCCUCCUCUACACCCCAUCUCCUCCUCACCCCUCUUCCUCCACACCCCAUCUCCUCCUCACCCCAUCUCCUCCUCACCCCUCUUCCUCCACACCCCAUCUCCUCCUCACCCCAUCUCCUCCUCACCCCAUCUCCUCCACACCCCAUCUCCUCCACACCCCAUCUCCUCCUCACAUCAUCUCCUCCUCACCCCUCCUCCUCCACACCCCAUCUCCUCCUCACCCCACCUCCUCCUCACCCCAUCUCCGGCGCACCCCAUCUCCUCCACACAUCAUCUCCUCCUCACCCCUCCUCCCCUCUGUCCCCCUCCGGCGUCGCUAUUCCCGCCUCUCCCCCGUCAACCCCAUCCCAUCUCCGUGCCUCCAGGGACGGGCCCGCUACAGCUGCUGCUGUAGCGAGCGGGUGUGGCUGCAGACGGAUGGGCACAAGGUGGCUGUUCAACGACUCAAGCUCAAGACAUCAGUUCGUGGACCAUCGUUAUAUGAUACUAGCAGGUUCCCUCAUGGAUGCACUGACGUGAUGACCCUCUUGGCUCGUGUAUUGUCCCUCUCGCAAUAA